GCUUGUCGGCGGCGGCUCCGUGUUCUCGGUGCAGAACAGCUCGUGGAGUGCGCCGAGCACCGAAUAUUACAAAGGCGCGUGUGUGCUUGGGGAUGUUGUUGUGGAUGGCGGCAGCGUGCUGCAGAUUGUGUCCAGCACUUUCCGUCUCGGCUUCGCCAUGCUCAUGGCAACCACGCUGACCGUGACUGGCGGCAGCUGGCUGGUGCACCGCGACAACGAGUUCCGCGCCGCCUACGUUGUGUACGUGACGAACUACUACGGCGUGGCGUUCCGCGAUCAGAGUGUGUGGUCGAUACUUGACAACAGCUUCACGUACGGCUCGUACUCGUCGACCAUCGCAAAUAUGACAAGCAACUGGUCACCACCAUCCGACGCGCGCCCGAUCAUCUACGGCGUGUGCAACGAGGCAAGGGGCUCACCUGUGACGAAUUACCAAUACGACCUCAAUAUUGGAGUGCCCGUGACGGUGUUGGACUGUGGUGCGUGCACCGUGGACGCCGUGUGCUUUGCGGCGAGGACGAGCAGCAUCAGCGGCUGUGAGUGUGUGUGCGCUGCUGGCGGCCACGGCGACACGUGUCUGCCAGCUGCUGUUCCGGACGGCCUUGGGCCGCUCCCGCUCCCCGAUGCGAAGGACACGGAGGUCCGCUGCGUGCACGGUGGCAGCAUCAGCUCCGUAGACGAUCCUGAUCCCGGUGUGCGUGGUCUGUGCUUUGUCAAUGUGACCUUCACUGCCGCGAUUGUGCUGGACCUGUCGCGUUUCGACGCACCACAGCAGACACUCAACAUCACGCUGCUGCAGUGCGUCCUCAUAGGCCUGUCGAUCAAGGGGAGUGGUGCGCGAGUGCACGUGAACGUGACAUCCUCGAUGUUGGAUUCUGGAGCGUUGGAGUUUGAGGGUGAUUUUGGUGCGAGCUCCCAGAUACUGGUGGUGGGCAGUACGCUUGUGACGACGUGGAGCCACGCCGUUGCCUUUUCGAAGUUUACUCUUGAUGCGACUUCGACGCUGCUGGUACUUGAAAACAACGUCGAGGGGAAUGGGUACGCAGUCUAUUUCAUCAAUGCUGUUGUUGUUGAUGGUGGCGGGAUCAUUGUGAAGGGAAAUACGCUGAGGGUAACGGGUGGGGUUGACAGUUUUGAAACUGCUAUUUAUUUUAACAUUGUUGCUGUGAAGAAUGGCGGCUACUUUGACGUGGAGAAUAAUACGAUGAGAGCCGUUAAUGGCGUUUAUUUUUUGGGGGAUACAACCGUGAGCUCCGCGGGGCUGCUGAGAGUGGCGGACUGCGACUUUUUUGGCAGCGCGGAGGUUUUUGGUUCUACGCUUUUGUACUUGGACGGCUCGGUGGUUCUCGAAGGUGGUGCGCAGUGGCGUGUGGAGGGCAAUGAAGUUGGCACGGAUCCGUUAUUAUUCGUUCCGUAUUCCUCUUACAAAAUUUGGUUGUUCGGCAGUGGCACCACCGUGGCGCUUGCACACAACCGUCAGGUGGAAAGAAGCGCCUUCUUCGCUCGGACUCUUCCAACAAACACGUUUUUGGCUUCACCCGCGCGUUUUGCGGUGGGUUGCAACCUGCAGGGCGAUGAGGAGGUGUCGUACGCCGGUGUGUUUCCGGAGGAGGUGGUGGUGUUCAGGUGUGACACAUGCAACGAUGACGCGGCGUGCUACAUGCCCGGGACGGAGUCGGUGGACCGCGGCUCGUGCUCGUGCAGCUGCAAGGACGGAUGGCAUGGCGCGUCGUGUCUUCCCUUCGAGGUGCCCGACACGGUUGUACCGCCCGUAGCGGAGAGAGCCGUUGACGGUGACACGAGCUGUGUGGUGAACGAGACGCUGACGAAAAUUACGCUGAACAUGUGGAAGACGCACCACUGCUACAUGGGUGUGACAUUCAGCGGCGUGGGUGCUGUGCUGACGUUUUUCCUCGACAGUAUGCCGCUGCAUCUCCCCAUCAACAUCACGCUCACCGGGUGCACAUUCCGUGAGGGUGCUUCGCUGCGUUUUGUUGGUGGUGCUGAGUCGGCCGAGUCAUCCGGCCUCCUGAUCCGCGUGAGCCAGGCGGUGAUGCGUUCCUCCGUUGUUGCUUUUGCACUUGCCCUUCCGCAGCACUGCGACAUUGCCGUCACGGAGGUUGACGCGGUGCAGUCUUCCGCGGUCUAUUUGCCGGACACCGUGAAUAAAAUGCUGAGCGUAGUAAUGCUGCACGACGUUGUAUUGAAUGCGUCCUCGCUGUUGGUCAGCAACGUCAAGGCACAUGCAAUGUGGUAUGGUGCGUUCGGUUUGCACUCCACAGGGAUGCUGACACUGGUGGGUGGCAGCUCACUGUACACGCGGUACUGCAGCUUCGAUGGAUACACACACCUGUUUUACUUGAAUAUCCUCAGUGCCAGCGAUCACUCUGUUUUUGUGCUGCUCAACAACACAAUGGCUUCCGGGAGAAGCCUGCUGUACCAGUACCGUGGCUUCAGCGUGUCGGAUCACAGCGUGUUGCGCGUGGUGGGGAACAGCGGUUCCGUGUCCUAUGCCAUCUAUUCACUAAAGUUAUGGAUCGUUGAGCGGUCAAGCUGGCUGGAUUGGCGAGACAACGACGUGGGAGUGGGUGCGAUGCUCUACGACAGUGGCUCCGCUUUUGUGAGUGUCGACAGCAGCAGUGUGUUGACGCUGACGGGCUGCAAGAUGGGCUCAACUGGUUUGUCGGUGCCUUUGCUAUCUCUGGUUGACGCCGGCUACCGGUUCGUUGCUGGGUGCCUGACGGUCGCAGGACGGGUGGUGACGACGGCGGCAGAACUGGAGCUCCACGGCAUCACCGACGUGACGACGGUUGCCGCAUGCGGGAAUUGCACGAAGGAGGGAGACUGCUUUGCUCCGCUGACGACGGCGGUCGUUGACUGCAAGUGCCAGUGCGCUGCUGGAGGGCACGGCGAUGUGUGCGUCCCGGCGCCUGUGCCUGCUGGCCCGCCGCCGCCGCCGCCAGUGCCGCCCACGCCGCCGGUGCCGCCACCUCCGCCGGUUGGUGAGUGCAUCAGCGACAUGGUGUACCCCGAGGUGGCGCAGGCUGUGGGCAGCGGGCUGUCGUGGCUGUGCUACCGCAAUGUGACGUUCAGCGGGGGCCGCAUGAUUCUGACGGUGCUGGUUGGGGCGAUGACGGGCGACUUGGCGAAUGCCACGUUCGAUGGAUGCACGUGGAGGGAUGGCGCCGUUCUGUUGCUGUUGGGCAACGCGUACGCCGCUGUGGGGUCGCUGAACAUCGUCGUCACCGGCAAUACAUUUAUUGACGCGCUGCUUAGCCCGGAGGGUGUGUUUCCACCGCGCACGAAUAUCACGAUCAGCGGGAACCGCUUUGCGGUCACGAGGCUGGUCCCUCGGUUGGGUUUAGGUCUUAGAAGGCCGUCGUGUGUCUCGAUGAAUGAGCUGGUGAUCAGCAACGACUCCGCGGUGGUGCUCAGUGGCAAUGUGUUUCAGAGCGUGAGGGCAUCGUCGAGCGCCAUUUACGUUUUCAGAUCUGCGCUGAGGGUGAUGUGGCACUCCGUGUUUGCGGUGGUGGGCAAUACGUUUCAUAUGGCUGGCGGUAACGGCACGCUGAUACAUCUUGAAGGACCUAGCCAGUCCUUGUCGCUGAGUGUACUGAACAACUCUGCCGUGGUGGUCCGAGGCAACGUUGUUCUGGGGGGGUUAAGGCACUUCAUGCUGUUUCUCUGGGCCUUAAUUGUGGAGUCUUGGUCAGCGGUUGUGUUUCAGGGCAACGACAUGCAGGGAAGUUCGGCUGUCUUUAUAUCGAGAUCCAUUUUCCAUAUUUACUACAACUCCUGGCUGCAGUUGAGUGGCAACCUCUGCCGCGUAUCACCAUUGGAAGCCUUUGCUUUUUUUAACCCUACGGUGAAUCUCCGUGACUCCACGGUCUCUGUGUCCGGCAACCGAUUCAUGUCCAGCGCUGGCACGCCGACAGUUCUGCGGAUAUCCACCGGGUCCAGCGAUCUCACAAACGGAGCGAUUGUGGCUGCGUGCAACACUGUGAACGGCGAGGAGGGGGUGAACUACGCCAUCCCGUCCGUGUACAAUGCCAACAUUCUGAAGUGCAGCGAUCCAUGCGCCCUUGCGGCGUCGUGCUUCCCCGCGUACACGACGAUUGCCUCGAGUGAUGGCUGCGCCUGCAGAUGUGCGGAGGGCGGCCACGGCGAUGCGUGCCUGCCCGUCGCUGUCCCCGAGCCGCCGAGCACCGACGGCGCCGACUUGUGCGUGCGCGACGUGCGUGUGGAUGUGGAGCUGAACGCCGGCCUCGGGACGUCGGUGGUGUGCUACGUUGGCGUGACCUUUGCGGCGGACGUCGUGGUGGAAGUGGAGUCGAUGUCGGGGAGCGUGCGCAACGUGACGCUGGCGAACUGCACGUUUGUGGACGGAGCGAGCCUGUACGUUUUCGGGUGGCGAUCCGACCCGACUGCUGGCGAGCGCGCCGAUGUGUUGAUCAGCGGGCUUGAGUCGCGCUCCGGCGGCGGCGUGGUGGUGGCGAACCGAUACCCGCCGGGCUCGCGCGUCACUGUGGUGGACUCGGUGCUGAUCGCAGAGAAGCGCGUUGCGUACCGCGACGCCUACGGCCUUGGCGACGCCUCCGCGUGCCUCGUGGUGCACAACGUGAAUCUGACUGGGAGCGUGCUGACCAUUGCGCGCACGCAUGGUGGCGGCGGUGUUUGGCGACCCUGUU